GAAAAAAUUGUAUAAUUUACUUUUGUUGUGCUUCCCUUGAGUUUCAUGAAUUAAAUACGUAUUUGAAACUAACAAGUACCUGCGAACAAUGGCGCUCCGCAUCCUGAAGACAGUUAGACAGAUGGCCCAGCCAGUGGCGAGCGCCUUGGGCGGCCAGCAAAGACAGGAGUUGAUUCACACGACGCCGGCGUGCUGGGAAAUCCGGAAAUUGGCCCGGUUACGGGUGGUGGACAACAGUGAUUUGGGAAAGAAGGCGAUGGCCGAGGGACGUCCGCCGAGGUGCAUUCAUGUGUACAACAAACGCGGAGUCGGCUUGAUCGGCGACAAGGUGCUGGUGGCCAUCAAGGGCCAAAUGAAGAAGGGCAUCCUCGUGGGACUGAAGCAGAAUCAGAAGCCCAAACAGCCCAAAUUUGAUAGCAACAACCUGGUGCUCAUCGAUGAUAACGGUAGUCCGCUGGGCACACGUAUCCAUGUGCCCAUUCCAACGAUCCUGCGUACCAUCCUCAAGGAGAAGACACUGGCCAAGGGAGCCGAUUACACCAAGGUCCUUGCCAUCGCGAGCAGAUAUGUUUAGGAUCCUCCGGAUCACGCCAUUCUGUUGCUAAAUGAAUAAAGUUAAACCAACUGAAUCAGUUGUGUUUCUGAUUGAAAAUACCACGAA